CGUGACUGAUGACGUCAUCGGACCAGCCAUUGUACUUGUUGUCGUCUGUCACAGUUUUCAUCUUCCAUGGUCUCUCUCUCUCUGGCUGUCCUUCCUCCUCUACUCUAAUGUAGUGUAGUAAACUCUAUAUUGCUUCCAACACUACUAACAUUUCUCCAGACCGUCGCUGCCACCAGACAAGCAACCAACAAGCCCAAACAACCUGUUUAUUUCCUUGCUCUUCUCUGUCACUUACGCAACAUUACUCUUAUGAUGGCCAUUCGGAUUAUCACCACUUAACUCCUUCCACCGAUGUUUUGCUUUCAUCCAUUCAUGGUUUGCGUGUUCUGAAUACAAACACGUCCUUCUCUAAGCCCACUCAGUCAUUAUACAACCCCAACAGUCAAAACAUCUCAGCAAAACACACACACACACACACAUAUAUAUAUAUAUAUAAAAUACCAACACAGACACACACCAGGUUAAAGAUACCAACAACCAGCAACACUCAGUCACGCACACAACUUGCCCAAUAUUUCACCAUUACAUACACACACUCACAAUAUACCAAUAAUAUAAUAUAUAUAUACGUAUUUCUGAGCUGUCUAGUUCUCCUAUUGAGGAGGCACCAUGGCCAACAGUGGCCUUGUUGGAGGACAUGCAAGUGCGUCUCAUAACUAUUCUUUCAAGAUUGUUUUGUUAGGCGAGGGUUGUGUAGGCAAAACCUCUUUGAUUCUUCGUUACGUUGAGAACAAAUUUAACGACAAACACUUCUCGACAUUACAGGCCUCUUGUCUAAAUAAAAAAAUCAACAUUGGUGGCAAACGAGUGAAUUUAUCUCUUUGGGACACUGCUGGUCAAGAGAGAUUCCAUGCUCUAGGACCCAUAUAUUACAGAGACAGCAAUGGCGCUAUAUUGGUAUACGAUAUCACUGACAUAGACUCGUUCCAAAAGGUUAAGAACUGGGUGAAAGAACUUCGCAAAAUGCUAGGGAAUGACAUCUGUUUGUGUAUUGCCGGUAAUAAAAUAGACUUAGACAAAGAACGGCAUGUGUCCGUAUCCGAUGCAGAAAGUUAUGCAGAGUCUGUGGGUGCCAAACAUUUCCAUACUUCUGCCAAGCUGAACAAAGGGACUGAAGACCUCUUUUUAGACCUCAGCAAAUGUAUGAUUGAAAAAGCUGACAGUAAUUGUCAAAACAAAAGAGGAACAAACAACAGGAAGACUGUAAUGGUUGUCGAAGAUGAGCCGGCAGAGCGGAAGUCUAGUGGCUGCUGUUAAAUAAAAGAACAAAAAAAAAAAAUGGAAAAAGAAAGAAAAAGUGUAUAUCUGGAGGUGUGUCCUGAGUUAUGUUGCUGCUACUGCUGUUGUCGUUCUUUCAGGACGGAUGAAGAAAUAAAAAAAAAAAGGAAAGAAAAAUGGAAAGUCUUGCAAAGAGGAAGAAACACAGGAAAAAAUAAAAUAAAAUAUAUAAAUUAAUUAAUUAAAAAAAAAAAAAAGACACUUUUCUCCCAGAUUAAAUAACAAUAAUUAUACUAAUUAAUUAAUCUUGUUGAUAGUGAUGGUCUUUGAGACCAAGAAGACCUUCCGAACAUGACCUUUUCAUGGACUGUGUGAUUUCUUCUUGGUUAUAUGGCAUUAAAAGCUGCGGAACUUCUCUGUGGAAAAUUCCCCCCACCCCCCACACUUAAUGAUGUCGGUAGCUCAGCAUCAAUGUUGUUGUUGUUGCUGGAUCACCAUGGAAACGCCAUUCAUUAUAUGCAAAUUAAUAAUCCCUUUCUGAAGCCCGUUUAUUAUUAUUAUUAUUAAUAAUUCCUCCCAAUUUAAACACUAACACACAUACAUAAUGACACAUAUAUACACACACAUGCAUUAAUACACACACGCACACACCUCUGAACAUGUCCAACAACAACAACAGAGUUGAAAUCAGAAUGCAGCAUCAUCAUCAUCAACAACAAUAACACCACAUCAAUCCAAACUUGUUAAAGCAGUUUGGAGAUUUGCUAAAAUUUAAUUAGGAGUGUGUACUCCUUCAAUCAGUGUUUAUGUGAUAUGAAUAAUAAAAAAAUAUUUUCUAUUUA